AUGCUUCUGCAAUCUCACACAUUAUAUAGGAUUGACGUCUCUGUGCGCCUCCGCCGCGCUAUCCUUCGCAAUGACCUCCCCCUCGUGAAGCGCAUCAUCCGCAACGACCCACAAUACCUCCAGAACCCAGACUUCUCGGAUCAAAGCAACACCUCCCUCCACCUAGCCGCACAGCAUGGCUUCAUCGAGAUCGCUGAAUACCUCAUCCUCUCUGGGCACGAAACAUCCUCCAUCUCCCUCAACACAACAAACAGCACGCCCCUCCUCCUCUGCAUAACCUCCCCCGCACCCAACACCAACGCCCUCGCCCUCGCCAAGCUCCUCAUAACGCACUUCCCCCAAACAAUCUCCCUCCCCAACUCCCGCGGCCAAACGCCCCUCAUGCUCGCCUCCAAGCACGGCCAAACGCCCCUCCUCUCCCUCCUCCUGACGUACCCGACCCACGCCGCGGAUCCCAAUGCCGUGGAUAAUGAGGGCAACACGGCGCUGCACUAUGCCUCCGCGGCCGGGGAGCUGAAGGCGCUAAGAGUCCUGCUGGGCCACGGCGCGGAUCCGGGGGUCAGGAACGUGUACGCGUGGCCGCCGGUAGCGUAUUCGGCGACUGUGGCUGCGGAGCAGUAUUUCAUGGGCUUGGCUAAGGAGGUUGAGCAGCGGAGGAUGGAUGCGGUGGUGGCGCAGCAGCAGCAGGUGAGGAGGGAGAGAGAGAGGGAACGGCAGGGGAAGAGGGUUGGGGCUGUGAGAUUGGUUACGGAGAGGGAUGAGGCAGGGAGUCAUAGUGAUAGAGGCGGCGGCGGCGGUGGAGUUAGAAGCGCGGAUGGGUCGGUGCCGGGGUAUGUGGAUUGGAGUCCGGUUGAGGAGCGGAGGAGGGCUAUGACGCCGACAGCGGGGAGGAGCGAGUGGAGUGGGAGCUUGGAAGGACGAGCGAGGGCGUGGAGUGGCGAGUGA